CAAGAGCCGUCCAUCAUUCCCAAUCUCCGAGCUAAUACAAGCUAAAGCAUGCAUAUAUUGAAGCUUGAUCUCAAGGCCUUCCCGGGUAGAUCGGAUGACCCGGAGAUCUGGUUUCUUUGAUGGCUCGUAUAUUCCGGCUGCGGGGAAACCUCGUCUGCGCGAAUACUACUGGUGCUGCUAAGUAUGGGAAGGUUGAUACGGAGCAGAUCUUGACGAUGGGGCAUAGCUGUGGUGGUUUGGAAGCGAUGUCUGUUGCGUAUCAUAAUCCGAACGUUAAGCAUAUCGUCAUGUUCGACAUUUCGGUAAUAAGAGGUUUUUGCUGCAGCAGAUCAAUGUGCCUGUUGCUUGGUUUGUUGGUAUGCCGAAGGAUAUGGGGUAUACGAAUUCUGAGCAGGAUUAUGCUUGCUAAAUCCUGGACUUCUUGCUUUCAAAGCUGAUCUCGAUACCGGACAUCAGGACACAUAUUCUGCCACGAAUGGAGGGAAGUUCGAUAAAUCUGUGACGGCAUGCUUGGAAUGGAUCUUGAGGGGAGAUACGCAGUCAAAGCCAGUCUGCAAGGAUUCA